AUGAUUACAUCACCCAUUAAAAUAGCAUAUGCAGUUAACAUUCAAGUAAAUAUAAGUCGACAGAUUUUAGUGUCAUAUAUUCAAUUUGGAACUACUCACGAUCAUACUAGUUCGCCUAAAGUCUAUGUUGAGUCAAGCGAUUUCCCUUAUCAGCAAAGCCCAAUGUUUUACUCUGGUAUCAAUAGCGAAGUUAAUUUAGGAUAAAUAGGUUCUAUGAUUAAUUUCAACUAUUUCCCUGGAUUUGAAAAGGAGAUUAUAGAAGUGUAAUUAAAUGCUAGAAAAGAACUUGAUUUCCCAAACAUGACUAAUUUAAAACCUUAAGAUUUGAAAGGGAAAAGCUUACUAAUAACUUAACCUAUCAAAUUGCCAGGAAUUAAAUGUAAAUCUGAUAGUUAUUCAAUUGAGCUCUGGGUGAAAUUCGAAGUACUUCCUCAAUUUCCGAUAUAAUUAUUUAGUGAGUGCGAAUAAGCCUCUAAUGUCAGUUGCUAAGGAAUGCACUUAUUGCUAAAAACCGACUUUUUAGAUCCAUAUAUUGAGCAUUAAGUGAGUCCAGAUUAUUCAUCUCUAUGGUAAUUGCUCACUGGAGAUUUGAUCUCUUAGCAUUGGAAUUAUCUAUCUGUAACUUACAUUAGAUCUCUAGAUACAAACAUCUAUAAAUAUCUAUUAAAUCACAUUUAUAAGGAAAUUAAGGACUAAAAUUAGUCUAAGCAUCCAAUAUUAUAAAAAGAGUUUGUAUAUAUUGGACUUCUUAACCAAAUUGAAACAAUGAAUUGUGCUUUUUAUCUGAAGGAACUUUGA